AUGUAUUGCCAAAAAUGUCGGACCCAGUUGAAGCUAGACAGCUCUCUGGAGUCGCUCAAUCCAGCUGCCUUCGAUCUGCUCACCAGCUCUACAGGUAAAUCCUUACCGGAGCAAGGGUCUGGCUCCUCCAGGGCUUCAUAUCCCCAAGAAAGGCGCGAGCUUUACGAUCGAGUGUCCAGGAAAGUUACGUCUCCAGCCUAUCGAAGAUCAAUUCCAGCUCCUCGUCAAGUCGGUGGCAACCAGAAUAAUCCUCCUAGAUUAGGACGAGGCGACAGCGGCAACAUGUCCUUCGUAAUGCUCACGGAAUCUCAACUUGGACCACCACAUGGGACGACUGGCGUCAAUGGCGACAACGCCUCAAAAGGCAAACGAUCAUUCAGCGCUCAAAAUAUCGAUCGUGAACAGGAUGAUGGAUCGUUUUCGGACCAAGUUGAACGAACAAGCCGCCUAUUUGAAAUCAUUUCGUCUCGUUCUGACAUUGACCAUCCGAUCUGUACUGAAUGUACGGAAAUGCUUGUGGACGGGCUACAGAAACGGCUAGUGGAUGCCACGAAGGAGCGGGAUGCAUAUAUCUCAUUCUUACGAAACCUAAAUUCAUCCGUACCGACGGCUGAAGAGCUUGAGGCAGCUGAAAAGUCUUUGAAGGAAACGCUAGAGGCAGAGGAGGCUGCGUUCGCAGAACUUGUAGCUUUGGAGCAGGAAAAAGCAGCAUUGGAUGAAGAGAUAGCGGGUCUCGAAGAAGAAGGUCGUGAAUUAGAUCUCGAAGAGGAAAAGUUUUGGCGGGAUCGCAAUGCCUUUUCCCUAACAUUGGCCGAUUUUCAGAAUGAGCGUGAUGCUCUUAAUAUGAAAUACGACCAUGAUUCGCGACAGCUCGAAAGGCUGCAGAGGACGAAUGUUUACAAUGAUGCUUUCUGCAUCGGCCAUGACGGAUAUUUUGGGACUAUCAAUGGCUUGCGACUUGGCCGUUUGACCAACCCAUCCGUAGACUGGCCGGAGAUUAACGCUGCGUGGGGCCAGACAGCCUUAUUACUGGCUACGAUCGCGGAUAAAUUAGGCUUUCAAUUCCAAGGGUAUCAGCUCAAGCCGAUGGGAUCGAUGUCCAGAAUCGAAAAGGUUGAGUUUCCUCGAGGAUCGCCGGCGCAGUCCACGAUUGGUGGGAGUACGGCUCCAUCAGCAGCACCCAAGAUUACUACCCUUGAUUUAUUCUCCUCCGGUGACCUGCCGCUUAAUCUUCCUUGGCUUCACCGCCGGUUCGAUGCAGGAAUGGUAGCUUUCCUGGAAUGUCUACGUCAACUCGGGGAGUUUGUGGAGAACACGCCAGCUCCUGUAUCCUCGAAUCGACGAGGUCACACCGGCAUUACCACUCCGGGAUUGAAGCUUCCAUAUGUUAUCAAACGAGAUAAAAUUGGCGAUGCGAGUAUCAAACUUGGUUUCAACCAAAACGAUGAGACUUGGACUCGUGCUUGCAAAUACACAUUGACCUGUUGCAAGUUUUUGUUAGCGCAUGCAAGCAAUGUCGCUAGCGCUGGCUCCACUAAUUCUGCUUCCAUCGCAGCUGCCGCUGUCGCAGCUGGUGAGCAAGCCAGACUUACAACAGCCAGUCCUGCAAAGAAAUAA